GGAGUAUGCAAGAAAUUUCAAGAUUACCUGAACAGGCGAUUGAGUUUGAACGGCAAGUUCGAAGUUGAACUGAAACAUCUGUUCUCAAAAUUCACCGGCGAAGUUGUCGCGAACGCUGGAUUGGGCAUUCUAGGGUUCUGCUUCGAGGAUUUCGAGGAUGCGGACAACUCCAUGGCGUUCGAUCAGUUGAGUCAUUCACUGUUCGUGCCGAACUUAAUCGAAGGAUUUUUUAUGACAUUCUUGUUCUUCUUUCCGGAAUGGAAUCGCUUGGUAAGAGUCAAGUUCGUCACCAAAGAGUUGGAGAUAUUAUUUAAAAUGGUAGCCCAGAAAAAUUUGGAGACUAGGCGAAAAAAAUCGGCACCUAGAAAUGAUUUCCUACAGUUAAUGAUGGACCUCGAGAAAUCAGGCGAGGAGCUGGAUUUGGAGACUGUCGCGGCACACGCGUUCUCGUUUUAUAUGGACGGAUAUCAAUCCUCGAGUAUCGCAUUGUUAUACAUUGGGUAUCACUUAGCCACUCAUCAAGACAUUCAAGAUAGAGUGAGAAACGAGGUAAAGACAGUGAUCGAGAAACACGGUGGUGUAUUAACGUACGAAGGACUGAAGGAGAUGACGUACAUGGAGCAAGUGAUCAGUGAAUCGCAGAGAUGUUCUGUAGGAAUAGGUACGAUGAAUAAAUUGUGCACCGAAGAGUUCCAUUUGGAGGGAUCCGAUGGACUGAAAUAUCAUGCGAAACCGGGUACUGAAAUUAUUAUACCCGCUUACGCACUGCAGAGAGAUCCGAAAUAUUGGCCUGAUCCGGAGACCUUCAAUCCGGAACGAUUCAGCGAAGAGGGGAAAAAGAACAAUGAGAAAUAUGCUUUCCUACCUUUUGGUGACGGACCGAGGAUGUGUGUGGGAAUGAGGAUGGCUUUGUUGCAGAUGAAAGCUUGUCUAGCUACUCUGUUAAAGGAUUAUAAAAUAGAAUUGUCGCCGAAAACGAAACUUCCAUUGAAGAUCUCGCCUAUUUUCUUCAUAUCGUUGCCAAUUGGUGGAAUGUGGGUUAAUAUCUCGAAGCUCUGAAUAUGAUUUGUACACUCCCACUCAAAAGUUUGGAAUGCUCUCUACCUCUUCGACGAAACAAACGUUUUCACAC